CCCUAUGGAGCUCUCCCUGGCCCAGGUAUGUCCCCAAGGAAGUCACGAAGCUCCCGCCCCCACCUUCAGCACCUUCCAGCCCAUGGACUCGACCCGCAGGAGCUGUCAGGGCCUGGGCUUUAUCCAGGCCUCUCCCCAGGCCCCUGGGGUAGCCUCCACCCCAGGGAACACCGAGAAGGCUGAGGAGGUGCCCGGGGAAGGAAGCCUGUCCCUGCAGGCUGAGACCCGGGCUUGGUUCCAGAAGACCCAGGCCCACUGGCUCCUGCAACACGGGGCAGCCCCGACUUGGUUCCAUGGUUUCAUCACCCGAAGGGAGGCCGAGAAGCUACUGCAGCCCAAGCCACGAGGAUGCUACCUGGUGCGCUUCAGCGAGAGCGCCGUGACCUUCGUAUUGACCUACAGGAGCAGGGCUUGCUGCCGCCACUUCCUGCUGGCCCAGCUCGGGGACGGGCGCCACGUGGUGCUGGGCGAAGACAGCGCCCACGCGCGGCUGCAGGACUUGCUACGGCACUAUACCGCGCACCCGCUCAGCCCCUACGGGGAGACGCUCACCGAGCCCCUCGCCCGCCGGACUCCUGAGCCUGCAGGGCUUUCCCUGAGGACUGAAGAACCAGACUCCGGAAGCAAAAGCCAUGACCUAAGCCCCCAGUACAGCCCUGUUAUCAAACAGGGGCAGGCCUCAGCCCCAACGCAAAAAGAGGGGGCCCAGAAAGAGGGCACCUGGGAGCCAAAGGAGCCCUCCCAGCCGCCCAGGCCCAAGCCUCCCAUCCCCACCAAACCUCAGCUGCCCCCUGAAGUCUACACAGGCCCCCUGCCACGAUCCCGCCCGGCCCCGCCACCCAAGCCCGCCAGCCCGAUCUACCACGAGCCAGAUGAAUCCAUAGCCUUCUAUGCCAUGGGCCGGGGCAGCCCCGGGGAAGCCCCCAGCAACAUCUACGCCGAGGUGGAAGAUGAGGGCCCGCUGACCCUCCUCAGGCACCCUGUUCUACGGAAGUGCCGGUCCAGGCCUGUCCCAGGAGGCCAGAAUCCUGGUGGCCCACAGCUGCAUUCUGAGAACUCUGUGACUGGACAAGGCCCUCCUCUGCCCCACCAGCCUCCACCCACCUGGAGACACACCCUGCCCCACAAUCUUUCUAGACAAGUGCUUCAGGACAGAGGACAGGCAUGCCUCCCCCUUGAGCCUCCUCAGUAG